AUGGAUGACCAAAAAACUUGGAUCCAUAACCACACAUAUUACGUAUCCAGUGAUGAAGAAAACAGUUCGAUUGAUGUCGGCCCAUCAGCUUCCCAGUACGACAGUGAAGAUGAAACGAGAUCUAGUGAUGAUUAUACUUCUGAUGCAAACUCGGAAAUGAGCAUGCCAAGCAUGAGGAGGAACAAGGCAACCAGACGGAAUAAAAGCGCCAGCCCGGCCAGGCAUGAAGAUAUUCCACAAUCAAGUGAAACUCCAACGAAUAACUCGGGGAAAUUAACCGAUGAAGAGUUCCACGAACGGCAAAUUGCCUAUGGCCUGUCUACCGUGCGGAGGAAUCUAACUAGACUAUCACAGUUUAUACUGAAGUUAGAAGCCCGCGCAGGAAAAGUCACGAAGCAGGGUAUUCAACAAACCCUCGAUGCGACUGUAGCUGACAAUACCGAUAGAUUCGAACGCGACGAUUAUCCGACCCAUCUUAAGGAAAUUGAGGAGAUAAAGCAUCUUACUGAGAGUACGUGGCAACGUUUGUAUCUCAUUGAUAGACAUUGGAAAAGGCAGCAUCGCCGACUCCGUGACGAUGAGGGUAAAAGUCCAAAGAUCCAACUUGAGAAUGAACACGCCGUGAAAGAACUCUUAGAAGAGGAAAUGCGUCUCAGCCGCGUAAAAAGCCAAGAAACCUGCUUUUUCACUGUUGGAGAUCUCAUUAAGGGGCGCGAAUUUAUUGAGUGGCUUACCUACCUUAAGAUCAUCGGUAGAUUUAAGGAUCACCCGACCGAUCAAAUGAAAUUGGUAAACUUCGCUUGGGAAUUCCUAGAUCGUGAUUUGCGAGGGCCACGACCGGUCAAUCCUACCACUAUGGAGGAAUUUGCAGACCAACUUGAAGAAAAGUAUCUACGCGGUGGCUUCUACGAUGCAAUGACAGGGGAUCCUGAGAAGGCCGACCGAGAUGACGAGAAUGCCUGGAAAGCAAUCGAGAAGUUUUGGUUUACUAGGUUCCAGCAUUAG